CCCACCACCACCACCACCUCCUCCUCCCUAUCGCCCUCCACAGACCUCGCUGGUCUGCACACUCGCCCGCUCCUCCACCCGAUUCAGCACAGUCGCGUCAAGUGACUGAUCUUCCAUUGCGCACUCGCAAGGAUGUUGGCGAGGGGGAUCCGAGCUGCGGCAUCGCGGCACUGCAUGAACACUGCGCGCCCAACUUUUGCCCAGUUCGCUCCACGAAGCUAUGCCACGGCAGCAGCGGAUAGAAUUGCCAAGUUCCCCGGCCAGAAAGGAUCAGAUGGCAAGUACACAGUAUCCCUCAUUGAGGGUGACGGUAUCGGACCAGAAAUCUCGCAAUCUGUCAAGGACAUCUACAGCGCAGCCAAUGUGCCCAUCAAGUGGGAACCGGUCGACGUAACGCCCAUUCUCAAGGACGGCAAGACUGCCAUUCCCGACGAGGCCAUCGACUCCAUCACCCGAAACUACGUUGCCCUUAAGGGUCCGCUGGCCACUCCCAUCGGCAAAGGCCACGUCUCACUCAACUUGACCCUGCGAAGGACCUUCAACCUGUUCGCGAACGUGAGACCGUGCAAGAGCAUCGCUGGCUACAAGACUCCUUACGACAAUGUGGACGUGCAUCUCAUUCGUGAGAACACGGAGGGAGAGUACUCGGGUAUCGAGCACGUCGUGGUUGAUGGUGUCGUGCAGUCCAUCAAGCUCAUCACCCGUGAGGCUUCCGAGCGCGUCCUCCGCUUCGCCUUCCAAUACGCUCAAGACAUUGGCAGACCAAAGGUCCGCGUGGUACACAAGGCCACAAUCAUGAAGAUGUCCGACGGCUUGUUCCUCAGCCUCGCCAACGAAAUCGCAAAAGAGUUUCCCAACAUUGACUUUGAUGCCGAGAUGCUGGACAACACCUGCUUAAAAAUGGUCACUGACCCAGCCCCAUAUAACGACAAGGUCCUCGUCAUGCCCAACUUGUAUGGAGACAUUCUCUCCGACAUGUGCGCUGGUCUGAUCGGUGGUCUUGGUCUGACCCCUUCUGGAAACAUUGGAGACGAGUGCUCCAUCUUCGAAGCUGUGCACGGCUCCGCACCUGAUAUCGCCGGACAGGGUCUUGCCAACCCCACUGCUCUUCUUCUAUCCUCCAUCAUGAUGCUGCAACACAUGGGUCUGACUGAGCACUCCGCGCAAAUCCAAAAGGCCAUUUUCAAGACGCUGGCCGAAGGAAAAUACUUGACUGGUGAUCUUGGUGGAAAGGCCAAGACGCACGAAUACGCCGAUGCCAUUAUCAAGAACUUGUAGAUAUGAUGCGGAAAUAAGACGAAGACGUGAUCACCCUCCCAGCAUUGCGGUCAAUAGAAGCUGCGGUCAAUAGAAGCUGCGGUCAAUAGAAGCUUCGGCCAACCAGCAUAUGGCUUUGGCGUUUUGAUGUAUGAUAUGCUUUGUCCUACCGAAUGCAAAUACGGUUCAAAAGAAUAGUUCUUUCUGGAAUAGUGGAACUCCCAACCUGACCGAGACCACUGCUGGAAGCAAGCCGG